UGGAGUCGUCGGUGGAGGCGGGGGCGAGGAGGGUUUGGAGUGACACUGAGGGGCGAAAGGGGGAGGUGUCAGAGUGGGUGGUCCAAGAGGUCGAACGGCAUUUCGCCAUGAGCGGCGAGCUGUGCAGAGGUCUCCACGGCAGGGAGGGGCUUCUGGGCAGACUCUGCUUCGCCAUGUGGGAGUCCACGAACGCCCCUCACAGCCCAAUCGUGGUCCACGGGGCUGCUGGGAUGGGGAAGACGGCGCUGCUGUGUAAGCUGGCGCAGGAGAUGCGUGGCGUCCUGGAGGGCGGGGCGGUGGUGGCGAUCAGGCUGCUGGCGGCUGGUCAUCCUCAGAGAGCAGAUAUCGACCACGUCCUCCUCAGCGUCUGCCUUCAGAUUUCCUUUGCUUGUGGUUUGGCUCCGCCCUCGCCGCUGACCGCCAACACUCACCCGGAGCUGCUGCGGUUCUUCAGGAACGCCCUCGCCAACGUCUCCCAGCAGGGACACACCGUGCUCGUCAUCCUGGACGCUCUGGAUCAGCUGUCAGACAAACAUCACGCUCACAAACUCUACUGGCUGCCCAAUCAGCUCCCGCCCAACGUUCACCUGGUGGUUUCCAUGGAUACCAGCAGCGAGGCGUUUGCUAACAUCACGCUGAAGUUGGAGUCUUCGGCGAGCUUCUUCGAGGUGGAGCGUCUGUCUCGUGAUGAAGGCAAACAGGUGAUGGAGUCGUACCUGCGAGCAUUGCGUCGAACUUUGACCCCUGAGCAAAGCGAGGCCGUCCUGCGGAGCUUCGACGUCGGCGGCUGUCCGCUUCACCUCAAACUGAUCCUGUCCGCCGCCAAACGCUGGACGUCCUUCACCCCGCCCACACACCGACACGUGGGGGCCAACGCACAGGAAAUGAUGUCACAGCUCCUUCUGAUGCUGGAGGAGAAACACAGCAGGGAGCUGGUGGGCGGGGCCUUAGGAUACCUCGCUCUGGCCAGGUGAGGGCGUGUUGUAAAUAUUGAAUCAGUCGUGAAAACGAGGAGACCAACCGAUGUUUUCUGACUCCACAGGGGAGGUCUGUUGGAGGCGGAGCUGCGUGAUGUCAUGUCCUUGGAUGAUGACAUCAUCAGGGAGGUUUACCGGUACUCCCUCCCUCCGACGCCGUCGUUGAUCCGGCUGCCCCCCCUCCUGUGGGCUCGACUCAAGUGGGAUCUGGAGGACCAGCUGGAGGAACGCUGGUCAGGUGGAGUCGCCACCAUCGCCUUCAACAACAGGUAAAUCAAGACAGGAAGAGUCAAAGUCGGGGUCAAAGGUCAGAGCUGACAGUGAAGUGUGUGUCUGCAGGCGUCUGUGCGAGGUGGUUUCAGCACGCUACCUGACAUCAGAGCGGAAGGGGCGGUGCCUCAGGGUUCUGGCGGAGUACUUCCUGGGUCGGUGGGCGGGGAAGCUGAAGCCGAUCGCUCUGCCGGGACUGUCGCUGCUCCUCUCCGACAGAAAGGUACGAACGCAGAGACAACAGGAAGUGCGGUGACAUCCACAGGAAGUCUGAUGUUCCCGCUCCCCAGAGGACUGACCACAGUCUCUCUGAAGAGAACCUCCUGAGAACCCAAACCUGACCUCGGUCCUUAUCCCAAUAGGUCCCGCCUCAGCCGCUGUGGUUCGCUCCAGGAUUGGCCAACGUCAGGAAGCUCCAGGAGCUCCCGUACCACCUGCUGCACGCCGGGCUGUGGGAGGAGCUACGACAGGAGGUCAUCGGUGAGUAAGGAGAGAAAUCCAGACGAUGAUGAUGAUGAUGAUGAUGAUGAGGAUGAUGAUGAUGAUGAUGAUGAUGACGAUGAUGAUAAGGACGAUGAUGAUGAUGAUGAUGAUGGUGAUGAUGAUGAUGAUGAUGAUGAUGAUGAUGGUGAUGAUGAUGAUGAUGAUGAUGAUGAUGAUGACGAUGAUGAUGAUGAUGAUGAUGAUGAUGAUGAUGAUGAUGAUGAUGAUGAUGAUGAUGACGAUGAUGAUGAUGAUGAUGAUGAUGAUGAUGAUGACGACGAUGAUGAUGAUGACGAUGAUGAUGAUGAUGAUGACGAUGAUGAUGAUGACGACGAUGAUGAUGAUGAUGAUGAUGAUGAUGAUGAUGAUGAUGAUGAUGAUGAUGAUGAGGAUGAUGAUGAUGAUGAUGAUGAAGAUGAUGAUGAUGAUGAUGAUGAUGAUGAUGAUGAUGAUGAUGAUGAUGAUGAUGAGGAUGAUGAUGAUGAUGAAGAUGAUGAUGAUGAUGAUGAUGAUGAUGAUGAUGAUGAUGAUGAUGAUGAUGAUGAUGAGGAUGAUGAUGAUGAGGAUGAUGAUGAUGAUGAUGAUGAAGAUGAUGAUGAUGACGAUGAUGAUGAUGAUGAUGAUGAUGAAGAUGAUGAUGAUGAGGAUGAUGAUGAUGAUGAAGAUGAUGAUGAUGACGAUGAUGAUGAUGAUGAUGAUGAUGAAGAUGAUGAUGAUGAGGAUGAUGAUGAUGAGGAUGAUGAUGAUGAUGAUGAUGACGUUUCCUGUUUCCAGGCAGCGCAGAGUUUCUGUUCACUAAGUCCAGAUUCUGCGGGGUCUCCAGUGUGAUCCAGGAUCUGGACCAGUGCUCCCAGUAUAUGGACUGCACUGAGACCAGACUGAUCCGGGACACUUUGGUUCUGGUCAAACCCAGUCUGGACUUCCUGGAGGGUCACAUGGGUGAGUAUUCAUCCUCUUGUUCUGGUGCAGACCCUGAAACCCCGGAGACUCGGACCUGGACCUGGUUUUUGUGGUUCUGGUUUUGCAGACAUGUCCCUGUUCUACUCUGAGCUCUUGGCCCGACUCCACCAUCUAGCCAAGCCGUUCCCCUCUGUGAUUGGUCAGCUGUGCAGCCAAUGUGAGGAGUGGUUACUGACGUGUCCAGAGCCGAUACUCGUCCCAAAGUGCAGCUUCCUGCAGCAGCCAGGGGGGGCGCUGCAGCACACGCUGACAGACCUGCAGGGCGGUGAGGACAGCUGUUUGUUAGAGUUGUCAGGUGUGUGAGGCGGUCCAGGAGACUCACCUGUCCUCCCGUCUCCAGGUGUUCUCUGUAUGGACGUCAGUGUGGAGGCGGAGCUUCUAAUCGCAGGCUCGGAUGACGGCGUGGUGGCGGUGUGGAGCCUCACUGACCAGCAGCUGGUUCACUCCCUGAUUGGACACACGGGUCGGUCUGAGAGCGUUAAAAAUGUCCGCCUCAGUCCUCGUCGGUUCUAACAAACGCUGUUUCUGUCCUGCAGGCUCCGUACUGUCCGUCAAAGUGCUCACAAGCUCCGCCCACUGCCUCUCAUUGGCUGCUGAUGGCUCUCUGAGAAGGUGGAGCCUGACUAAUGGAAAACAGCUGAAUUGCAUUCAGGAGGCGGUGCCUGUUGACUCCACCCCUCUGUCAGCACAGCUCCACCUGUCCAAACAGCUGUUGUUUGUUUACACCUGUGAUCAGGUGAUGCUCAUGUCUGUGGUUCCUGGUUCUGUGUUCUCAGGGUUCUGCGGGUCCGUGUUUGAUCUCCUUUGGUGGUUCUUGUUGUUCCAGGUGAAGGUCUGGAGACCGGACGGUUCUGAGCUCCUCUUCAGCAGCACUGAGGAAGACUCUGUGGUUCUGGGGGUUCUGGAGGACUCUGUGGUCUCUCUGUGUGGUUCUGGUCGGGUCCGAAUAUUUGAUGUAAACCAGGUCCAGACGGUGGAGACUCAGUUGGAAAAGUCUGAGACCCGUCUGACUCCUGUGAGAUCCGUGACGCUGCCCAGACGAGGAAGAGUGUUCCUGGUCUCUAAAGAAGGUUCCCUCUACCAGGUGAGGUCCAAAGAUGGCCGACGCAUUUAGAGCGGGAAAAUACGCCUGCGUCACAGGAGCUUUAAGGCCGCCAUCACCACACCACGGGGGGAGGGGCACUUCAGUCUGACAUCUGACCUAGUGCUGCGUUCAGGUACCUCAGCAGUCAGAGCUGGGAAUGACGUCACACCAGAGCUGAUCGUGUUCCAUUUAACAAGUCGGGAAACCAAGAUGGACGCCUGCUGUUAGCCGCUGUUAGCCGCUGUUAGCUGCUGUUAGCUGUUGUUAGCCGCUGUUAGCUGCUGUUAGCCGCUGUUAGCUGCUGUUAGCCGUUGUUAGCCGUUGUUAGCUGCUGUUAGCUGCUGUUAGCCGUUGUUAGCUGCUGUUAGCUGCUGUUAGCUGCUGUUAGCCGCUGUUAGCUGCUGUUAGCUGUUGUUAGCCGCUGUUAGCUGCUGUUAGCCGCUGUUAGCUGCUGUUAGCUGCUGUUAGCUGCUGUUAGCCGCUGUUAGCUGCUGUUAGCUGCUGUUAGCCGUUGUUAGCUGAUGUUAGCCGUUGUUAGCCGUUGUUAGCUGCUGUUAGCUGCUGUUAGCCGCUGUUAGCUGCUGUUAGCCGCUGUUAGCCGUUGUUAGCUGCUGUUAGCCGUUGUUAGCUGCUGUGUUUGUCGGAGUAAAAUACUGUUAAACGUUGUUUACAACUAGGAUAGCUAACAACAACAAUUGACAACAGCUAACGGUUACCCUCACGGUUACUCUUUACUGUUGAUGUGCUGCCAUCUUGAAUUAUGACGUCGUCAAGACAGGGUUGGUGAGGAUCGUCCGACUUUCUGACUUCAGGGGGUUCCAGAUGAAAUUCUGGAGUUUGGAAAUUCCGACUUCUGAGAACAACUUGAACGCAGCAUUAGUGUUGCUUUCAUCAAUGAAAAUUAUGAUCAAAUAUCGUCGUCAAAGAACCUUGAUCAUGUGACGAAAAGAGACGAGACGUAAAUGUUGGUCAUGUGACGAUAAUUAAAACUAAAUAUAUAAUCUAAAACAGUUGAUGGAUAAAAACAGACUGAAUGUGGGUCACUGAAUAAAAACUGAUCAAACGUCUUUUUAUUUUCACUGACGAAAAAGAGACGAAAUCAUUCAGUCGUGUUGUUUUUGUUUUCUGUUUCCUUGGCGACGUCACUUCCUCAAUCCUCUAACUCGCCGUAUUUUUAGAUGAGGUGGUCGAAGACGUUUUUGGGAGAGUUGGAGUCAUGGUCGAGUCGUCGGGGACAAAAAUAAGAAAUGAUAUCUAAACACACUUUAAUCACAAAACGGGAUGUGUGGAAAAAGAAAAAGGGAGAAAUGCAACCGUCAAAUAACCGAGAAAAAAACACAAAUCUAAAAAGAGACAUCUGAAGGUCGUCCACGAUGGACUCGAGGAAAAUUAAGACACUGAUGGAACGACGCUUUAUACUUUACACUCCCUAACCCUAAAAAGGUCCUCUCUGCACCUGUGCUGACCCUGGACCCUGGACCCUGGACCGGGUGUUAGAUCAGUCCGCUCCUCUGAGUCUGUUUAAUCAUCGAUUAUCUCUGAGAACUUUCUGUCUCUCUGGUUUUCAUGCUGAGAAAAACUGACUGAGUUAAACUGCUGGAUGGUUUUUAGGCCAGCAGGGGGCGUCACAGCUCCUCCACAGCUCCUCUCAGAGGUCAUUAAACUGAUUUCUUUCCUCCGUGUUUUUCUCUGCAGAUCUCUCGGUCAGGGAAAAACUCGGCGGCUGAGUUUCCUCUGGUUCCCUCUCUGCUGUCGGUCUCUGAGGAGGAGAAAAUCCUGAUGGCAGGUCGGAAACCUCUGAGAGUUUCUGCUUCAGUUCUUCUGAAAAAAAGAGAGAAAAUAAAGUCAGUAAAAGAGGGUCUGGUCCUCUCUGUGGAGUCCUGAUACUCAGACGGAUCCAAACCUGGACUUUAUUUUACUGCUUUAGUCUUUAAACUCAGAACCUUCUUCAGUCCGGCUCUGAGGGCUGAAAACCUCGUCAUGUUUUUAAAGAUUUAAAUAAUAAAGAUUUUAUUUCAAACUGAAUCAUCAUCGAGUAAAUCUGCUCCUCUACAGGAGCCGAGCGGACCCUGACCCUCUUCAACAUCGACAGAGACUCGGUGGACCGGUUCCUGGACCUCCAUCAUGACGACCGUGUUUUAUCCGCCGUCAUCUCCUCGGACUGCAGACUGCUCGCCUCCGGAGCCGCCGACCAGCUGAUUCGAGUACGCAGUACCCGCCGUAAACACAGGGGGCGUGGACCAUCGUCUGAACCUUCUGUCCUGGUCUCAGGGGUCCGGGGGGGGGGGGUCCAUUUCUCUGCUGGUUCUGGUUUUUGAUGGACUCUGUUUUUCCGCAGGUCUGGUCCGUGACCACCGGCGCCCUGUUGGACUCUCUGUACGGUUCCGACGCUCCGGUCACGUCCCUGUUUUUGCAGAACGGCCUCGUGGUUUCAGCCUCGGCGUCUGCGGCCGCCGUCAACCUGUGGAGUCUGAAAUACGACGAACGCCACAGACCCCCCGCCCACAUCCCUGCGGGCUGCGCCCACGUCGCCCUCGCCAGAGACACGGAUCGAGUUUUCUACGUCAGACAGCAGAGUCAGACGGAGGUCAUCAGCUGGAACAACCUCACAGGUCAGAGCGCCCGCACCAUUUCACCUUUAAACACCAUUUCCUCUGACUCCACCCCUGCGCCUCUCUAAGCUCUGACUCCGCCCCCUGUGUUUCUCUAAGCCCUGACUCCGCCCCCUGUGCCUCUCUAAACUCCGACUCCGCCCCCUGUGCCUCUCUAAGCUCUGACUCCGCCCCCUGUGCCUCUCUAAGCUCUGACUCCGCCCCAUGUGCCUCUCUAAGCUCUGACUCCGCCCCCCGUGCCUCUCUAAGCUCUGACUCCGCCCCUAUGCCUCUCUAAGCCCUGACUCCGCCCCCUGUGCCUCUCUAAGCUCUGACUCCGCCCCCUGUGUUUCUCUUAACUCCGACUCCGCCCCCUGCGCUUCUCUAAGCCCUGACUCCGCCCCCUGCGCCUCUCUAAGCUCUGACUCCGCCCCCUGUGUUUCUCUAAGCUCUGACUCCGCCCCCUGCGCCUCUCUAAGCUCGGACUCCGCCCCCUGUGCCUCUCUAAGCUCGGACUCCGCCCCCUGUGUUUCUGUCAGCUCUGACUCCGCCCCCUGCGCCCCUCUGCAGGUUCUCUGUCGGAGCGGUACGCCGUCUCCGCCCAGGUCUGCUGUCUGGCGGUGGCUCAGCACAAACGGCUGCUGUUCUGCGGUCUGGUCACCGGCACCGUCCUCAUCUACCCGUUAGCCCUCCCCCAGGAGACGCUCUGCAUCCCGCCCCCGCCGAGCCUCAGCCGGGUGCUCUGCCUCGCCGUCGACGCCAAAGAGAAGCACAUGGCGGUGGCCUACGAGGACUCGGUGUGUCUGUUUGAGAUCACCACCAGAGACAGCUUCCCCACGGUGGAGGGUCCUCUGCGGGGGUUCCCCCUGUCCCUCCUCCACGCCCCCCUGUCCGCCAUGGCGCUCCUGUCUGACAUCAGGCUGCUGUACGGGACGGGCUGCGGCGAAGUGAAGCUGCACAACUUAAGCGACGGCGGCUGCUCCGACCUGGAGGCUCAUGGCAGCAGAGUGACGAGCGUGACCGCCAGUAACUGGGGGAGCCACGCCCUGGUGGGCUCGGAAGACGCCGUCCAGAGGCUGUGGACCCUGGACCCCCUGGUCCUGGAUCACACCAUGGAGUACAAGGUCAGAGCGGCGUCUGAAAUUCACCAUGAGAGGCGGUUCAGUGUGUUUCCAUGGAAACCACAGAUCUUAGAUUUCAGUGUUUUUAUUUUUGUUGUUUUUGUUUCUCCAAAAUAAAAAAAAUAAAUAUCAAAUUAAAAAAAUAAAAACAAUUAAAAAAAUAAAAAUCAAAUAAAAAUAAUCAAAAAAAACAAAAAUCAAAUAAAAAAAUAUUAAAAAGAAAAUCAAAUUAGUUAGAAAAGUUAAAAGUAAAAAUCAAAUUAAAAAGAUAAAAUUCAAGUUAAAAUAAAUUAAAAUCAAAUAAAUAAUUAAGAUCAAAAAAGAAGAAUAAAAAUCAAAUAAAAAUAAUAAUGAAAAUCUAAGAAUAACAAUAAAAAUCUAAAUCAAAUUAAAAAAAUCAAAAUGUAAUUAAAAAAUAAAAUUCAAGUUAAAAUAAAUUAAAAUCAAACAAAAAAUUAAGAUCAAAUGAUUAAAAAUAAAAAUCAAAUAAAAAUAAUAAUGAAAAUCUAAGAAUAACAAUAAAAAUCUAAAUCAAAUUAAAAAAAUCUAAAUCAAAUUAAAAAAUAAAAUUCAAGUUAAAAUAAAUUAAAAUCAAACAAAAUAUUAAGAUCAAAUGAUUAAAAAUAAAAAUCAAAUAAAAAAUAAAAAUCAAAUAAAAAAUAAAAAAAAAUAAAAAUCAAAUUAAAAAAUUAAAAAUGAAAUAUAAGUUUAAUAAGAUAAAAUAAAAUCACCAUGGUAACCAACAGAGUUGACUCCGCCUCUCUUCCUGUUCAGGGUUUUGGCUUCGAGGGCGUCCUCUGUGCCGCCUUCUCUGAAAGCGACAAAUUCGUCUUCACGGGGUCACAGGACAGGACCGUCAAAGUCUGGGACGUCACCUCAGGUCAGUCCAGAUCCGGGUGAAGUCCAGGAUCUGCACCUGCAGAGGGAGGUCCCCCAAACAGAUAUCAGAGGUCUUCAGUGUCUUUAUUCAGACAGACAGAGGGGGGUAUGCAGCCAGACCUGAGGGCUCAUGGGAAAUGGAGUUUGUUGGUGUGUGAUUUGCUGACUCAGCUGUUCUCUGUCAGGUGACCUCCUCUUCGUUCAGUACGUCUACUCCCCCGUCGUCAGGAUGGUUACCUUCAGGAACGGCUUCGUGGCGUUGUCCCAGCAGGGCGCCGUCAUCAGAGAGGUGUUCCGCUGUCCGGAUCACGUCAGUCCGGACUGGAACCCUCUGAGGAACGUGAAGGCUCAGUACCGGGUCACCUCCCGAGAGAAGAACCGGGACGGUCAGCAGGACUCCGUGUCCGACCUGCAGGACUUUAACCCCGCCCAGUUUAACCUGAACCUCGUGAGCAUGCUCAAAGCCAAACCCUCCACCUCCUGCCUCAUCCUGUAG